GGCGCUUCGCAUGGCGGUCAUGGUAACGUCGGGACGCUUAGCUUCGCUACAGGAGGAGCUAGCGCUAGCCUAGCCUAGCCUAGCAGAGCCAACGGUGCUCGCGGUUUAAACGCGGCUAAACGGAAUGUAUCGCUGCUUUUCGGGCGGAUUAAAUGUCCGUUAAAAUACAUUAAAUCUGCAGUUUAAUCCACGUUAUUGGAGAUAUUCAGCGGUCAAAUCACAGAGGAGCUCCGCGGUUUAGCAGGCAUGCUAACAUGCUAACCGCAGCAGCUGAUAAAAAAUAAAUAUAAUAAAUAUAAUAAUGGCUUUUUAUGAAGUUUACUCUCACCCGGCGUUAAUCAGGUAUAGAAGCAGCGUUUGUACUCGAGCAACUCUGUUCGUACUGAUUGUUUUCGGCCUGACUUACAUCCCCCCGCUGCUGAUAGCCUACAGGAGCCAAGGAUUCUGGCUGAAGCGCAGUACGUAUGAAGAGCAACCGGUUGUGCAGUUUCAGUACCAGAUGUUAAUGAUUGGAGCGACUGGUACAGCAGGAGAGUUUGUGGCUUGGAGCACCUUUCCAAACUUCAACCGUCUGUUGGGAAAUAACCUUCGCAUCCCCUCCGUGUCUGUCAGAGAGGAGGACAGUAAUCAGGAUGGAAAAUCAGACCGUCUGAGUCUCCAGCUGGCUGUUCCCCUGAAAGCAGGAGAGCAGAUUUACAGCAUUCAGCUUCUCCUCAUCUUCUCCUAUCAGCUGUUUCGGAUGUCCACUGUGGUGAUGCAGUCUCUGGCCUUCAUUCAGCACUCGUCCUCAGUCCCUGGGUCACAGCUGUUCAUUAGCGGAGACCUGACACUCCAUCAAAGAACUCCCCUCCCUCACAGAGGACUACACACUGCGUACAAUGUGUCUGUGGUUGAUGGAGCGAGCCCAUUCGCUAGUGCAUAUGACCUCACCAACAUCAUCAGGGCCUAUCAGGAGAGAAACUUGACGACUCAUCUCUCCUGCCCGGCUCCGGUGUGGAUCGUUGGUCGAGCUGUGAAUGCACCCUUUCAAAUUAAUGCUGAAAUACGUUACCCGGUGGAGUCAGUCAGUUAUCGGCCGGGCUUCUGGGAGGUGAUUAAGUUUGCCUGGAUCCAGUACAUCAGCGUUCUGCUCGUAUUCCUGUGGCUCUUUAACCGCAUUCAGACGUUCGUCUUUCAAAACCAGGUUCUGCCCACCGUUCCAGUCCCUCUGCUCAAACCCCACGCCUCCUGACCCAAAACAGCAGAGGCCGCGCGCCCUCCAAUCUUACUGUAACAUGCUGUUCCUUAAAGAACCAUUCAGUGAGAGAUGUUAGGGAACCAAAAGUGGUUCUUCUCUGGCGUCACUCCAGAAAGCCCUUUUUGCCACCUUUAUUUUUAUGAGCGUGUAGUUUUAUACAGUAUUUAGUACAGUUUGGUAUGUUUCUGAGUUUUUCUAAAAUGAUUUUGAAUUGGAAUAAAUCUUCUUUUGAUCAGAAGAAUCUGGGGAGUGUAAUUAAUGGAGAAUUGUUAAUUACGCUGUGCGGUGUUAAUGUUUUGUUAACUGCUGUUGUUGAUGUGCUGUGUUACAGUAAAUAACGGUGAUGUACUCAAGGUUGACCUUAAGGCUUUAUGUGUAUUUAGAGAACAUUUUCACAGAUAAAGCUGAGAAAUCAGCUAAACACUGAUUUCCUCUUUGUGCUGAGGCUGUGGGGUCUGUGUCCUGCAGAGCUGAGCCUCAGUGAUCUGACAUAUACUGACCCGGAGUGACUGUGGGACAGCGCUGUGUGAGGACAUUAAUGUCUUUAACCCCUUAAAGGGCCCAUAUCGUCAAAAACUGGACCUCCUCGCUUUUUUGUACACUAUAAUGCGCUGUUCAUUCUGCAGUCCAGACAGUCUGUAUAUACAAACUAAACUGCAAAAACAGCCUGUUGUGGGCUCAUCUUGGUUGUGAUGUCAGAGUCAUGAAUAUAUUUACAUUUUACUGCCCAUUUAGCUCCACCAUUCAGGAGAGUAAUGUUCUAAACGAAUCUCCUCUUGAUCCCCGGUUCUUCUCCUGGACAUUGUUCAGUCCAGUGUAAGAUCAGAGUGAGACUGAAGCUGUUUUCUCCUGAUUCUGAAAUUCGGCUCCUGAGAAAUAAAACUCAUGUGGAUUAACUCUUUCGAGUCUGACUCGUCUCAGCCCUGUCUCAGCUAGUAGUUUCUCCAUAAGAACAGUGUGAGAUCUCAUCGUUCUCUUGUUCAACUCUGUUCUAGAUCAUGGAACCCUCUCAGCAGUCCGUCAGUGCAAAAGAAGAACUCAUGCUUUUCUCCUUCACCACCAGAACGUCUCACAGUGAGACGUUGCUGUUAAUCUCUUUUCUCCUUCAUCAGCAGAACAGGGAGACGCUGCUGUCAAUCUCCUCUUUUCUCCUUCAUCACCAGAACGUCUCACAGGGAGACGCUGCUGUUAAUCUCCUCUUUUCUCCUUCAUCAGCAGAACAUCUCACAGGGAGACGCUGCUGUUAAUCUCCUCUUUUCUCCUUCAUCAGCAGAACGUCUCACAGUGAGACGCUGCUGUCAAUCUCCUCUUUUCUCCUUCAUCAUUAGAACGUCUCACAGUGAGACGCUGCUGUUAAUCUCCUCUUUUCUCCUUCAUCACCAGAACAUCUCACAGUGAGACGCUGCUGUUAAUCUCCUCUUUUGUCCUGAGGAGGUUCAGGAGAAACAGCUCAGAAACCAGGGAUGCUUUCAUUAAUAUGAUACUGAGAUCUGCUUUAUUGAGACAAUGUUUAGAAAGACGUUUUUCUGGGAGCAAACAGCGAAUUAUUUAUCUCAUACAUUAUGAAUGUUGCUGCUGCACUAUUUAAGGUGGAAUGAAAACUUACAAUAUGAAGCAGGAACAUAAGCCGACCUAAACUUUAUGUCUCGGACUGGGUGGUGUUCAGUGUCUGUAACAUAACUUAUUGAUUCUGUGGUUUCUGACUCACUCACUGUGAUCUAUUAACAUGGACUAAAGAACAGCCGAAAUUCAGACUUCAUUUGAAGAUUUGGGUUAAUGUUUGAGGAUCACCUAGUAACCGAAACCAUAAUGCAAAUGGUGUUAAUAGUCAACUAUCAGAAGAAUGUUUGUUAAUAAUUUACAUAUCUGUAAAUUAUCUGUAAACUUUCAGAAAUAAAGGUCCUAAACUGCC